CGAUCUCGUCCAUCCGUCACGUCACUCUCUAGAAGCGUCUUCGUCUUCGAAGUUCUAUCUCUUUUGUCCUGGUCGUCCGGAUCAUAAUUAGUCGAACGGCAGGAUAGAUCCUCGUAAACGGCGUUGCUCCGCGAACUGUUGCGUAGUACAAGGAAGACUUGUAUAAAAAAGUAUGUCAAUGACACGCAGAGUGACCUGUUAAAUACCCAAGUGCGCGAUAGUUUGACGCGCGGUGGUUUAUAGGCAAACUGGAAGCGUCGGGUGAUUAGUUGGAGUGACUAGGUGAUGUCUUGAAUUUUCUUACGUUUAUAGAACGUGUAUUCAAUGGCUAAUAGGCGGCUGACCAGGAGCAUUGAUUAGUAAAAGUCAGCCUCCGAGUCUGUGCUCAAAGCGAUGCCCGUACCGAGGCUGGCAAUUGCAUUGUUCUCCUCACGAACUACUGCUGUCCUUACUUGAAAGCGAAAUUAUGCCUGUACGUCGGGUCGACUCACCUCAACAGCCUGGACCCGGUUUCUUCCUACGUCUCUGGCUUUUCUUCGUUGGACUCGCCCACUCAUUCGCAGGCUUGUUCGGCUCAAAGGCUACUCCUACUACCUUGCCAACGCCGGUGACGGCGGGAAGCCAGACUGCCCGUCACAGAACGCCUCCUGUUCCCAGACGACUCGAGCUAGUGGAUAUCAAGCUCUCUAACAGGCGCAGUCCCCAGCGAAGCUCCCAGAGAAAAAAGCUUUCGAGUCCGUCUCCGGCAGUGCGUAUGCCAGCAGAAAUCCACCGAGGCAAUGAAGAUUUGCAGACAAAGAAACAUGCAACCUCCUAUCCUGGUUUCAUUGGACGAACGGCAUCUCCUGGUCGUGCAUUCGAAGGUGGCAUUCUUCUUACACCAACCCCACUCAGCACUUCCGCCCAGCCUUUAGAUCGGGACUUUAGAUGUUGUAACAGCGUCACGCCCGUUGUAGCUGAGAUCUGGAGCCCAGCUUUGGUAUCGAACGGCCCUCUUCCAUCCCGAGGGAUCUCAUUGCGUAUCACUUCCAUUCGCAAUCCAAACGGCUCGAUCUUGAGCUUAAGUCCAGUGAACCCUCGUUUAACCGAUAUGCCCCGUUCAACUGGCCCUCGUCUUCGCAUCUUUCCAUCAGCGAGAUCCACUCAAGUGAGCGCAUCCGAGUCGGUUCACAGCUUUAGCGCGUCCCCAUUCGCAAUUCGGCGUGGUUUUUCAGGAGCAUCUGUGAAGAUACCUCAAUCCUCACUCCGUCUCGAAUCCCCUUGGAGCCCCUCAGACAAGACACUACCCCAUGAUAUGUGGUUGAAUUCAGAAGGCGUUCUGGUCAACGUUCGAGGCCCUGUCUUCUCAGUCGAUGCUGCUAAAUCUUCGCAAGAUGACGUUGUAGUACUCCCACGUGGACCUUACGCGACACUUUCGCACGCUCCUUCUUCUCGGUUCUCGGACGACGGCGACGACUUUAUAUCCAUCUGUUCGAAUAUCUUCGACCUCCCAGAAGAAGAGAAAUACGAGGAAGAAGGAUCCAGCAAAGGCACAUCCCAGGGCGACUGCUUUGCUGUCAACGAUACAGACAAGGGUUCUCCUCCUGGCGUCGUUAUGACAAAUGUACCUUGUCCCAUCGACGACCCCGUCGUUAUCACGCAUGAUUCCAUUCCCGACGCUACCCAGCCUUCUACGGAGGACAUUGAGUUCGAGAACGUGGACAAGAGUGACACGACAUCCGAGCUCGAAGAAGGCUUCUUUUGCUUCGUCUCUCAGUCUAAGGUUGAUCUAACCUCGGAUGACCAAAUGCCUGGCCUCACCUAUAUCCCUUCCCUGAAAUACCGACAGGUACGCCCUCUCAGCAUUGCCAUCGAACCUGUUUGUCGCCCCGAUCGCAGCACCAAACAUUUCUCGGUUCCUUGUCUGCACUCUGUCCGUAACUUUGAUGAGAGCCCGCUUCGCACUUCGACCUCGGAUUCUUCCCCUUCCAAACCUUUCCCCGAAGCUGCGGAAAGCAAAAGUUUGAGAGCUCUCGCUGACCUUAUCUCUCUGCUGGAUUUUCCUGCGAUGGAGGCUGCGGAGACCACUAGCGUUUUUGAGAUUCGUGGGUGAUUCUUACUUGGAGCGGGCCGAUUGACCAGACGUUGUUCUGUUGUAUUUUUCCUGUCUUUACUAUGUUCGACCAGAUUGUAUCUCCUGAUAUCCGUGGCUGAUUGAGUGGUUGUCUUUCUGUU